AUGUCGUCCCUCUUCGGCUCCAACCCCCAGACCGCAUCGGACAUGCAGAAGCAGAAGGAGCAGCUCAAGCUCCAGGUCCAGCAGGAGCUCGCUGUCGCCAGCGCCCAGCAGCUCAUCAACAAGAUCACCGAGAACUGCUUCGCCAAGUGCGUCACCCGCCCGUCCACCUCGCUCGGCUCGUCCGAGGAGCGCUGCCUCACCCAGUGCAUGACCCUGUACAUGGCCGCCUUUGACCAGACCUCCAAGUCGUACGUCGCCCGCAUCUCCCGCGAGCGUUCCUCGCAGGUCCCCUCGAACGCUCUCUAA